GGUUCCCGAAGCGCCCGGCGCGGCCCGAGCAGGCUAUAAAAGGCGGCGCGGGGGCUGCCGCAGCCAGUGAGCAGCAGCCGGGCAGGGAGUCAGGCAGAGGCGGCUCCAGCAGCAGCGUCUCAGCAGCUGAACUCGGCCCAGCGGCUCCAGGCCCCGGGGGGGCAGGAUGCUCCCGCUCCGAGUGUGGCUUGGCAGCAGCGCCCCAGUGCCCAGGCUCCUGGGGCCGGGGCCCCACAGCCUCUUGGCCCAGCUGGUGGGGGACGUGCAGACGCACCUGGAGGAGAUGGAGCGACUGAGACACUCCCUCCUUCUGGCUUCUCCCCUUCUCCGCGGGGAGGGCGAGGGGAGGAGGCCAAGGCCGAGCAGCCGGUCCCUGGCGGAGGGGGCUGGGAAGGAGCCCGGCUCCCAGGCGCAGGGGAAGGACAAGUUCCAGCUCUCCAUGGACGUGAGCGGCUUCUCCCCAGCUGAGCUGAUGGUGAGAGUGGACGGGAGGAAGCUGACGGUGACGGGGAAGCAGGAGAAGAAAAGGGCGUCGGAGGCUGGAGUCUGCUCCCACGAAUACAGAGAGAUCCGCAGAGAAACUCUCCUGCCGGAAGACGUGAACAUGGAGGCCGUGCUCUGCUCCCUGUCCCAGGACGGGCAGCUCUGCAUCGAGGCGCCACAUCUGGCCCUGCCAGCUGCAGAAGGGAGAGCCGUUCCCAUCAGCGUCUGCCAGGGCGUGAAGGCAGGAGAAGGAAACCUGGCCAGGGAGGGAAAGGAGCCGGGGAGCAGCGAGAUGGAGACAGGAGGAGAGAGCGAGGGGACCAGCCCCAGAGAUUCCUGAAACCAGCAACAAAGUUGAACAACUAUGGGACUUCUCCGCCUUGUGUCCACACAGCGUAGCUUGCGUAGCAGCUGAUAUUGAUUUGAACGCUCCUGUGCCCAUUCCAGGCCUUUCAGAGUUUACUCCAGCUGUGCUGGAACAAUUUGUAUAGGGGGGGUAUUAAGAGCCAUUGAAUCAAACUGUAACCCCUUUACGCCAGGCGGUGAAGCCGCAUCCCUAGUUCCAGCACGUCUGAUUUACUCCAUGUGACUCACCCUGUGAGAAGUGACUGAUACACCUUUCCUGGUUGCUCAGUGUUGGUGUCUGAUGUACAUAACAUUACUGGUCAUGAUUGUGAAAAAUAUUAAUUUCGUAACUGUCAAUAGCAGCUGGGUUGCUGGGUGCUGUUUGUGUCUGUAACUGCUGCCAAUAAAUCCACCUCUUCGGCCUUUUCUCAUCA